CGAGGCGGCGCUCAGUCGCUUUCCUACAGCAGGGCAGGCGUGUUCGUGGACGCAACAGAAUCGACUACGAUGGCGGCCGGCAACGAAGCUCAGCAAAGCACACCGGUGUACCUGGGCGCCCUGCUGGAUGACGGGGAGGGCGCCACCGUGACUCUGGUGGCGGGGCAGACGCGGCUGGUGGUGCACAGGGCGGUCCUCGUGGCCGGGAGCCCCGUGUUCGCGGCAAUGUUCCGCCACGACACGGCGGAGUCGCGCGGCGGCCUCGUCGACGUCGCAGACGUGGACGGGCUGGUGCUGAGGGAGCUGCUGACGUACCUGUACACCCUCCGUGCCCCGCAGCUGGCGAGCCUGGCCCCCCGUCUGCUCGCCGCCGCUGACAAGUACGGCAUGGCGAGCCUGAAGGCGCAGUGUGAGCAGCAGCUGGCCGCUGGGCUGACGGUGGACAACGCGGUGGCCACAGCUGUUCUCGCGGUGCGACACUGCUGCCCCGGCCUCCGGCAGACAGCCGUCUCCUACAUAAAGGGCCACACACACCGAGUGAUGGCGACGCAGGCCUGGGCUGACGCAGUGCGCACCCAGCCAGAAGACGUCGUCGAACUCGGCAAGAUGCUGGCGGAGACGCCACCGGAAUCCAGCUCGCCCGCCAGCCCCGGCCCCGGUGCCGCCACUCAGCCUCCCAGCGGCGCGGCUGCCCGCCACACUCCGCCGCCUCCUGACGACGCGGCCGUCUCUCGCCUGCGGAGCCUCUCUCAACAGGAGAGAGGGAGGAGGCUGAUAGAGGCGGCCAAGCAGGGCGCGGUGGAGCAGCUGCGCGAGUUGCUGGCGGCGGUGGCGGACGUGGGGGCGAGGGAGGAGGGGUUGUUGGGGAGCAUCCGGACCGCCCUGCACUGGGCAGCACGCGGGGGUCACGUGGCGGCGGCCAGCUGCCUCAUCGGCGCCGGCGCGGAGGUCGACGCCAGGACCAGCCUGCAGCAGAGCACGCCCCUGCACUCGGCUGCACAGAGUGGCCACGCUGGUGUGGUGCGGCUGCUGGUCGGCGCCUCUGCUGACCCCAACGCCAGGGAUUGUCGGGGGCGGACGCCGCUGCACAGGGCGGCAGCGGGGGGCCACGCAGAGGCGGCGGCUGAGCUCCUCCUGGCGGGCGCGGACAGGAGGGCCAGGGAUGGUGGUGGCAGGAUCCCGCUGGACUUCGCCAGGACGAUCAGAAAGCAGCAGCUGGUGGAUAUGCUGACACAACGCUGACAUACGGCAUUCAGGAAGCACAAUCAGUUACAUCAUAUGUGUUGGUCUUUCAAAUAAAGAAUACAAAAAUGAA